GAAACAGUGCCGUUGAAAUUGAAAGAAUGCGCCACUCCUCUACCGAGUAAACGAUCUCUUUCUCUGCCCACCUACUUUUUCGGGGAAGCGCACUCUCCGCGUCCGAUUAUCCGGCGGCUUAUAGCGUCAGGACAAUCCUCUAAUUUUGUCAGGACAAUUCUCUCUCAAGUUUCAACCGGUGAUCUUUUUUCUUGUUUUUUUUUUCAACUGCGCGUUUCAACUUAGAAUCAACUGACCGCCAAUCCUGCCGUUUCUUCUCGUUCAACCCUCAAGAGAUCGAGUUUUCCCAACUUGAAUCCAUCUAUCCACUGUGAAUAUCUGCAAAAAGUCCAAGUCUUUUUGUCCUCUUCUGUGAGAAGCUCACCCUGGGCUGUUGCGAAAUCCUAAUCCAGAUGGGUAAUCGUACAAGCAGAAGCAGUCAUGCUGCUGAAUCACAGACCAACGUGAACCACAGGUCAACUCAUCAGACUCACAUUGCGCACCCAGAAGCUCGAUUCCCUUCACGGCCACCGCCGCCGACCAGGAAACUGGUACCUAAGUCCGAUUCCAUUCUCGGUAAGCCUUAUGAAGAUGUUAGGUCACAUUACACUCUGGGCAAACAACUGGGUAAGGGUCAAUUCGGCGUUACGUAUCUCUGCACCGAGAUUAGAACUGGUCAACAGUAUGCUUGCAAGUCAAUUUCCAAGAAAAAGCUUGUGACCAAGGGCGAUAAGGAUGACAUGAGGAGGGAGAUUAAGAUUAUGCAGCAUUUGAUGGGUCAACCUAAUAUUGUUGAGUUCAAAGGGGCUUAUGAGGAUAGCAAUUCAGUGCAUCUUGUGAUGGAGCUGUGUGCUGGUGGGGAGCUUUUCGACAGGAUCAUAGCUAAGGGGCAUUACAGUGAACGGGCGGCUGCCUCUAUUUGUAGGUCGAUAGUGAAUGUUGUCCAUACUUGCCAUUUUAUGGGUGUGAUGCACAGAGAUUUGAAGCCUGAAAACUUCUUGUUGUCUGAUAAAAGCCAAAACGCCGUCCUGAAGGCUACUGAUUUUGGCCUAUCGGUGUUCAUUGAAGAAGGGAAGGUGUAUAAGGAUAUGGUUGGAAGUGCUUACUAUGUGGCUCCUGAAGUCUUAAAAAGGAGGUAUGGGAAAGAAGCUGAUGUUUGGAGUGCAGGUGUUAUAUUGUAUAUACUACUCAGUGGUGUUCCUCCUUUCUGGGACGAAACUGAGCGGGGGAUUUUUGAUGCCAUACGUAAAGGAGAACUGGACUUUGAAACAAAACCAUGGCCUUCCAUAUCAAGUAGUGCCAAGGAUUUGGUACAAGGGAUGCUAACACGUGAUCCACAAAGACGCCUUACUGCUACUCAGGUGCUGGAGCAUCCAUGGAUGAGAGAAGGCGGAGAAGCAUCUGAUGAACCAAUAGAUAACGCUGUCCUCUCAAGAAUGAAGCAAUUCAGAGCUAUGAACAAACUGAAAAAACUUGCCCUCAAGGUGAUAGCAGAAAAUCUCUCAGAAGAAGAAAUUCACGGACUCAAAGCUAUGUUCAUGAAUAUGGACACGGACAGCAGCGGUACAAUUACAUAUGAUGAACUGAAGACCGGAUUAGCUCAGCUUGGGUCAAAGCUCACGGAGGAUGAAGCCAAGCAGUUGGUUGAAGCUGCCGAUGUUGACGGAAACGGCUCCAUAGACUACAGUGAGUUCAUCACUGCAACAAUGCACAAGCACAGGCUAGAAAGGGAAGAAAAUAUGUACAAAGCAUUUCAGUAUUUCGAUACAGACAGUAGUGGAUUUAUCACAAGAGAUGAACUAGAGACGGCUAUGAAGGAACAUGGAAUAGCGGAUGAAGAGUGUAUACAGGAAAUAAUUUCCGAAGUAGACACCGAUCAUGAUGGAAGAAUUAACUAUGAAGAGUUUUGCACAAUGAUGAGAUCAGGAACCAAACAGCAAGGCAAGCUCUUCUAACAGCAUAAUCCUGCAAUUUCGUGAAGCCAUCAAAUGCAUUUCUGAUCAAGCAACCAAACGACCUCUAACAUCUGCUUUAUGUUUAAUUUCAACACAUCUUUUUGAUGUAGAUUUCGACUCUCUUUCAGCUAUGUUUAUGGAGUCUUACAUCAUGCUAUUAUAAAACACACACACACACACACAGAGUGAGAUCCUUUCUCCCUAAAGCUUUAAUAAAAUUUACUAAAUGAUUAAAUCAUGUGAGACUGGCCAUAUUAAGAUCUCCAUUGUUGUUAAGAUCAAUGCUUAAUCUCGAUUACUUUCUUCUUACGCACUGCAUUUGCC